GAAACUCCAACAGGCAAUGAGAAUCAGCCUCUCAAGAGUCUGGACCCUGGACAGGAGAGAUUUCCAGGGUGCCACCUGCUUUCUACCCAAGGAGCAAAGAGGAGGACUUCCACCCAAGUCAAAGGAGGUGGUGAUCUCCAGUGUCUUCCAGUGAAGUCUGGAGCAAGACUCUGAGGACUCUGUCCUCCAUGCGGCUCACUAGAAAAGGGGCUGUAAACUGGACUGAAGAGAGCGCACACCAAGGAAACCAACAAACGGAGACACACACUGCUUGUGCUGUUGGACAACUGGAGUGAAGAGGUGCUCAGGCUGUAGCAACCAGGAAGCGAUUCUAGCCCACCUGGAAGUAAGAAGAAGGGAGUGAGCCUCCUGAAGACCAUCGCAGAGGCCGGGAUCACCCAAGAAUCCUCGAUGUGAAUCAAUCCCAUGAUGCAACAUGCCUCCCCAGCCCCAGCUCUGACAAUGAUGGCCACGCAGAAUGUCCCUCCCCCACCCUACCAGGACAGCCCACAGAUGACGGCAACUGCCCAGCCACCCUCCAAGGCUCAGGCUGUCCACAUCCCUGCACCAUCAGCUACUGCCAGCACACCUGUGCCCAGUGCCCCCAUUGACCCCCAGGCCCAGCUGGAAGCCGACAAGAGAGCUGUAUACAGGCACCCUCUUUUCCCACUCCUGACGCUGCUGUUUGAGAAAUGUGAACAGGCCACCCAGGGCUCUGAGUGCAUCACCUCCGCCGGCUUUGAUGUGGACAUCGAGAACUUUGUCCACCAACAGGAACAGGAGCACAAACCCUUCUUCAGCGAUGACCCAGAACUGGACAAUCUGAUGGUGAAAGCAAUCCAGGUGCUGAGGAUCCACCUGCUGGAGUUGGAGAAAGUCAAUGAACUCUGCAAGGACUUUUGCAACCGUUAUAUCACCUGCCUCAAAACCAAGAUGCACAGUGAUAACCUGCUCAGGAAUGACCUCGGGGGACCCUACUCCCCCAACCAGCCCUCUAUAAACCUUCACUCACAGGACCUCCUACAGAAUUCCCCCAAUUCCAUGUCUGGAGUCUCCAAUAACCCCCAGGGGAUUGUGGUCCCAGCCUCAGCGCUCCAGCAGGGCAACAUCGCUAUGACAACCGUCAACUCACAAGUUGUUUCAGGUGGAGCCUUAUACCAACCGGUUACCAUGGUAACCUCCCAGGGUCAGGUGGUCACCCAAGCAAUCCCCCAGGGAGCCAUCCAGAUCCAGAACACACAGGUUAACCUUGACCUCACCUCCCUCCUGGACAAUGAGGAUAAGAAGUCCAAGAACAAACGAGGAGUCUUGCCCAAGCACGCCACCAAUAUAAUGCGUUCUUGGCUCUUCCAACAUCUCAUGCACCCCUACCCCACGGAGGACGAGAAGAGACAGAUCGCAGCCCAGACAAACCUCACACUCCUGCAAGUAAACAACUGGUUCAUCAACGCCCGGAGGCGCAUCCUACAGCCCAUGCUCGAUGCCAGCAACCCAGACCCUGCCCCCAAAGCCAAGAAGAUCAAGUCUCAGCACCGGCCCACCCAAAGAUUCUGGCCCAACUCCAUCGCUGCAGGGGUGCUACAGCAGCAGGGCGGCACCCCAGGGACAAACCCCGACGGUUCCAUCAACUUGGACAACCUGCAGUCCCUGUCCUCAGACAAUGCCACCAUGGCCAUGCAGCAGGCUAUGAUGGCUGCACACGACGACUCACUGGAUGGGACAGAAGAAGAGGAUGAGGAGGAGAUGGAGGAGGAGGAGGAGGAAGAGGAGCUCGAGGAGGAGGCUGAUGAGUUGCAGACGACGAAUGUCAGCGACCUGGGCUUGGAACAUAGUGACUCCCUGGAGUAGUCACAGCCCACACGGUGCUGAUCACCCAGCAGCGGAGGAGCAGCGUCAGGAGGGUUCAGGGUGGGGGGAGGGCAUGGGCAGACAGUACCGAGGAAGUUGUGCCCUCACUUCCCCGAAUCAGUAGCUUGAGGUAAUGCAGAGGAGAAACCCUGCUCCUUCCCAGCCACCAGGCUUCAACGAGCACCCAGCCUGCUUCCCUAGAACUGGAGAGGAUGCCACUGGGGAGCCAUCAAGCAGCCUCUAUGAAAAGACAGGACUGAGAACUGGACUUACCAAAUCCCCGAGGACAGAUGGCACCAGCAAGCCCUCCACGGAAGGACUUGAUUGUGUACAAGCCCAGCACUGUGAGGUGGAUUGGUGUUAUUUGCAAAGUGGGUUUUGCCAAGAGACGACUUGGAAGGGAAGGGUGACACAACCCCCCACCCAAGGAUCUCUGCUCCUCUAAGAGACACUCGAGGACAGGAGGGACCCCAAAAGCGCAAUCAGCAGCUGGAGGAGGGGGAGGACCUGAGGCAACAGGUCUUGCAGACCAGACUGGGCCCUGGACUCCAUAGAGUUCCAUCUCAGUCCCAGGGCCUACCUGUGGGCCCAGUGACCAUGGGCUUGGGAGAAGGGGAAGGGAGCCAGCAGAGCUUCCUUCUCUUUCUCCUGAAAACACAUCAUUAGCUGUUGGGCUCCAUCUGUAAGAGGCUAAAGGAGUUCCUCCAUCUGGGUUGGCUCUAGGAGCCAAGGAGGUGGUAGAAUCUGGACUGGGAGCCACAUCAAGGUGACUUUGGGACCACAGCUGUCCCUAGGCGGUCAUAGAACUCAGCUCCUAUAACAACAGGACAAUGAUGUCUUACCCUAGAUAUUCCCACCCUCAGAUGAAGCUCUUCAGAUGCUCCAGGCCCUCCACAGACCUUUGGAGAGUAGACCAGAGUGAUUUGGAAUCUUCUCACCCCACGGGUCACCGUGGCUAUUCCCCUGCUCCCAGGCUGACACCAGCAGCCUCCAGCCUCUCUUCUUUUUUUCCUUCAGAGAAGACGCAUGAAACAUGGGAAAGAAGCAGCAGCCAGUGGGAAGGCAGGGUUUGGAGAAGGUGCUGCAUCCUUCUUUUCAUCAGUAUCCAAAAUGGCAGAAGGGGAUGGCACUCAAAAGCCUGCAGAGGUGCCCACCCCACCCACUUCACUGCUCUGCGCACCUGCACUGUACACAGUGCUGGAGGGACUGGAGCUUCUGGGAGGAGGCUUUCCACCUGCUCUCACACUUUCUCCCAGCCCAACUUUUGUCCCAGGCCCCCAUCGUGGGCACUCCCUCCUCCUGUUUCCUCCCACCCUGUGGCUGUGAAGGACAGGACUAAUCACACGUGUUUCCCAUUGGGUUUAAUUUGACGGACGUGCAGUUUCAUUUGUAAAUUGUGCAUUGGCCAUCUCCUUCAGUGGCAUGAUGUGAGUGGCUACCUGGCUCAACUGGAGGGGACCUCAGGGCUUCCUGGGGCUUCCCCUCCCCUACCUGGUUGGGGUGGAGCAAAAGGAUAGUCGCUUUCCUGAGGUCUCCCUGAAAUGAAUGUAUUCCCCCCCCUCAAAAAGAGCUGAUAUUUAAUGUUUUAAUAGGGAUUUUUGAGAAACAAAUAACCUUAUUUAUAAUCUGGGUGAUCCAAUCAUUUUUUACUCCCUUUUGAUGCCAUAGGUAGAGGGAAGUCUAGCUUUUUUGGCGUGAGACUUUUGCAACGCGCAGAGGGAUAAAAUACAUUUCCUCUUCUGGUUCAUUUUUCUGGCUAAAAUACACACACACACACACACACACACACACACACGCACACACACACUCACACCCUCUUCCACGCACCUCAACAACAUCCUACCCACCCAGGCACAUCUGCCUCACACAUGCCCACAUCUCUUCCUCCAGCCCCACCCACCUGCCUAAUGUUAUGCAACCUCCUUCUGAUGUAUCCACCAAUCCAGUACUGAAUGUGGCCAAGACGUUUCAGUAAAUCUUAUUACCUACCAUAACCCUGGUGCGCAACUCUGUUUCUGGGGCUGCUGUACAGGUCCCUUCUUUCUUUAGCGGGACCCUGGGCCAUACAGAAUUUGGAGACCUCAGCAUCUACUCCAUUACACUGAUUACCUAUAGGAAGGGGCAAAGGAAAGGACUCUGUAGGCAACCUCAGCUCCUCUCCCCUCUGUCUGGGGAGGAAGAUGGCCAAAUUUGGCACAUUUACCUUGUAUGUGUCUAACUAAAACAAAGAGAUCAGAAAGGACAGUAGAAAGCUCCAUACUGCCAUCUCCUGACACUCUCCCCAUACUGCAGUAGAGAGUGCUGAAUUUGGUCCUUGGCUUUCACCAUUCUCCACCACCUACCUCCAAGACUUUUGUAUUCCCUGUCUCCAUCCUAGGCCUGAGGGAUUCAUUAUCUCAACUGGUUCUGCCACAGCACCACACCUCAGCACUCAUAUGCCUACCUCACCAUCCCCCAGGUGAAAGGUCCCAGCAACCCAGAGGAGCUGCAGUCUUGACUGCACCUUUAACCCAGAGCUAUGUCUGUGGUGUGUGUAUGUGUGUGUGUGAGGAGGUCAGGAGGCUUCCCUAGAAACCUGGUUUCCAGCACUGAGUUCCCUAGAGUAAGAAGUUGUUUGGGGCAGCUUAUCUCCCUGGGAAAGAGAGGAGCCUUCUUGUCAACCUCAGACUAGAGCUUUCCUUUCCCUGGGAGCUGUUGCUGAGAUAACCAGAGCAUCUGUGGAAGCAGGAGGGGAGUUCCUUGUCCCACACCACAAAGGCUGCAGAAUGUGCACACACCCAUAGGUCUCCUAGAGUCAGGCCAAGGAUGGGGCAGGGGGUGGUCACUUAGAUGAGUCCAGGCAGCUCUGAGGGAGGCUCCCCAGGUCACAGUUCUCACAGAGACCAGUUCUAUCACCACACCAUCACCUAGGGAGAGUUCUGCAAACUCUUUUCUUUGGACAGAUGGAAAAAGUCAAGAUCCCCAAAAAGAUAAUGCAUUAGAAGCAUUAUCUUUAAAAUACCUAGUAUUUUAAAGCGGUAUUUCCAAGGAACAAUUUCAAAGGUGUACUACCAAGGAAAAGAAGUUGUGUGGCCAAAUUAGCCUAGUGCUAUAGUAUGGUGCAUAUUAUACUUUGCUAGUAGAGUUUCACAAUGCAAUUCAGUGUGUUAAAGACUCUGAGAAGUCCUACAGGAAAGAAACCUGUUGAACUUUGUUUCAGAUAUUCCCCAGAUUUCGUGUCCCCCUCCAUCAAGUACAUAAUAUCUACUGAAGAGAUACAAGAAUUUCUGAAAAACACACUUUAGGAACGCUAAAGUUGGAGAGAUGUAACUUAAGAGGUAGAGUGCUUGCCUAGCAUGCAUGAGGCCCUAGGCUUGAUCCCAGACCCCACACACAAAAUGAAGGAAGGAAAGAAGGAAAUUACAGAAACAAAUUGCAGAACAGCCUGUCCCAGCCUCUCCUCUUCUGCUUUUUUUCUAUUUUCUAUCUUUUUGCCAUCUUUUCAAGAACGCUGCCAACUAAAAAG